GCUCGCUCAAUUCGUUCUCGAGUUAUCGUGCGGACAGACAGACAGAAAAAGUUCUUUCCGACCAGACGGAGUAAUAGGCUUCGCUGAUCGCUCAGCCAACAAAGCGACUUACAGGUCCUAUUAUUUGAUGGCCAGCUGAGCUAACGUCAAAUUUAUGGACAAUCUAACCUUCAACAGGGGCACACUUUUCAUUCCACCGGUAAUGGCCGUUUUAACUGUAUUUCACAAAAAGAUGACCUUUCGAUAAGGCACAUAAAGAGUCGCAGCACCCAGGUCUCUAACAUUAUUUCAUACUUAUUUGAUGUACUUCGCCAGUGGUUGCCACUCUGACUGACUGAACAAAUCACACCACUUGGUCGUUAUGUUCCCGGUCAGCGUAUAUUGCCUGCUGCUAUCGGCCUUACUGAAGGCUGCGUUAGCUCAGCGGAUAAACAGCUUAGCGGGUCCCUACCGACUGGUCGUUGGACAUUUGGACGAAUGUCCUCCGCAAAUGCAGCCAUUGGACGUCUAUCAUGUUGUGACGUACACCGGCAUCCGUGAUCGCGUUAACAAAGACGUAUGGUGGUACUCGGCCAACCUCACAUCCUUUGUAACGGCGGACGAUAAUUACACGGCCGUUGGCAAUCUAGCAUCCUGGAAUAAUGUUGCCGGUUGGAAGGAGAACUUUUUCCAAGCGAGUAUGCCUAAUGUCUGCACAGCAGCGAAGACCCACUACCGCCUAUUUUGGCGACAAGCAAUGAAACGAGUUUUCAACGACCCAGAUAAGGAUUGCCCAUUUCCACCGGGGUUCUACUCAGUAUCAAAUGUUUCGACCAAUCAUGAUAUCAGGAAGCCGCCAGUUUUUUUCUACGGUAAAUACCGGGCAACUGGACAGAUAAUUCACACAAGAACGGGGACAAUUAUGUCUUGUUAUCGAGGCUACUUCGCCCUCGUGCCAAGGACAAAGCAAAGUCAAUAGGACCUACCGCCUAGUGCAUACAACCGCUGCUUCUCAAGUGUAAAGCGCGAGCGUUCGGUGCUCGUUUGGUCCGAGGUGCGAGUGAGAUGGCACCUCGCGCUCGCUCGCCACUGCACUGCGGGCUCCUGAGCAGGAGUACCUGACCACUCUAUUCUGCUAGCAACUUUACCCGCACCAAUCCAAUUGCGGCAGAGUGAUAACUAUGAUAAUAUUAAAACAUUCGUCUCUUAAACAAAGAAGAGUAAUGCCAAAGUCCCUUUACAAACGCUUUGUUAACUAAACGAUAGCGAACUCUAUUACUCCUCUGACGGAAAAAGUGUCAUUCUGUUUGUGUUUGGCUGUUAGCCGAAGGAUGUGAGGCAAAUAAAUAGCGUCGAUUUGGGUUA